AUGUUUCAUUAUUUCACGCAGUUAGCCGAGGAUCUGUUCGGGCUUUGUUUCGUAUUGAUCGAUGUGAGGAUUUCUCCUCACGCUAAGCGAGGUUUGGAGAUGGCUACUGGGAGUAACAUAGAUAUGCUAUCAACCCUAGAUAAUAAUCUGCAAAGACCCAAUGGGAAUUUAGAAGAUGCUUUACAGAGUGAGCUUGAACUGAUUUUAAGAGAGCAGCGAAAUCAGCAUGCCAUUCAUCGGGAUAGGGAUCUGAAUAUAUAUAGGAGUGGCAGUGCCCCGCCAACUGUUGAGGGAUCGCUAACUGCUGUGGGUAGUCUCUUUGGGAACUCUGAUUUUAGGGAUGUCACUAGUAGGAUUAGUAAUAACAAUGGGGUUUUGUCUGAGGAUGAGAUUCGAUCGCAUCCUACUUAUCUUUCGUACUACUAUUCACAUGAUAAUAUUAACCCAAGAUUGCCUCCACCAUUGUUGUCAAGAGAGGAUUGGCGUAUUGCUCAAAGGUUUCAGGUCGGUGGGUCUUCUUUUGAGGGCAUUGGGGACUGGCGGAAGAAGAAAUUGGUAGAUGACGGUGAUAGUUUGUCGCUGUUUUCAACACAGCUGGGGCUUUCCGUGCAAAAGGCAGAGAAUGAUUUGAUGGAGUUGAGGAAUGGCAAUGGAAGCAAUCUCCCUAAACAGACUUCGUCUGAGUGGCUUGAUAGAGGCUCAGAUGGUUUAAUUGGAUUGUCGACAAGUGGGCUUGGUGCAAGGAGGAAAAGUUUUGCUGACAUUUUACAGGAAGGACUUGAUCCACCUGCUUCCUUGACAAGGCCAUCAAGUCGUAUUGCUUUUAGUGAUAUCAUGGAUUCCACAGGCAUGGCUGAUGCCCGGCCAGUGGGGUUAUGUAAUGGAGUGGAGUCUGCAGAGGGCUUGCAUAAUGGAGCAGCUUCAUGUGGCCUGGUGGGAGUUCAGAGCCAUGGUACAGCAGCUUCUCAUUCCUUUGCAUCUGCUGUGGGUCCUUCUCUGUCAAGAAGCAGAACCCCUGAACAACUAUUUGGGAGGUCUCCCAGUGCUGGUCUUCCUCCUGUGGGGAGUAGAGUAUUUCCUGUUGAGAAGAAGAAUGUUGCAGGUCCAGAUAUGCCAAAGGAUAAUUCUUCUGGCAUGAAUGAUCUGGAUAUUGCAGCCAAUUUAUCUGGCUUAAGUCUGUCAAAAGGUAGAUCUGUAGAUGAAGAUAGCCAUAUUCAGUCUCAGCUUCAUUUGGAUCUUGAUAAACAGCGUGAUUUUCUGUUCAACAUGCCAAAUGGUCAUAAUCAGAGGCUGCAGCAGCAACUGAUAGAGAAGUCAAAUGCUGAAAGUUUUUCUCUUGCUUCAAAUUAUCCUCAUUUAGCAAAAAAAAAUGGGAUCAUGACAAACCGUAAUACAUCUGAUGGGCAAGCUAAUUUUGGCAGAAGAACUUCUUCUGCCAGUUUUUACUCAAAAGGGAGUUCUUCAGGCUUUGGAACUUUGGAAGGAUCUAAUGUUCAUUACCAAGAUGCAAAUACUCCAGGCAUGGAGUUUCAUGGCCAUUCUGGGGCCUAUCCUGUGAAUCCAAAGUUGAAUAUGACAAUUAAUAAUCAUCUUGAUGCAGCAGCAUUGCCUGGUAGUGGUGAUGGGCAUAGUAUGAACAGACUGGGAAACAAAGUAGGGUCUGGUCUUCAUUCUUCAGUUAUGGAUCCAUCUUAUAUUCAGUUUUUGCAAAGAGCUGACUAUGCAACACGUAAUGUUACUAGUCCAAGUGGUUAUCCUCCCAGUAAAAAUCACUUUGGCACUUUGCAUGGAGACUUAGAGGGGCUUCAGAAAGCAUAUCUUGAGGCAUUGCUUGCUCAACGGAAGCAACAGUACGAGUUGUCACUUUUAGGUAAAUCUGGUGGAUUUAACCAUGGGUAUUAUGGAAAUCCAUCAUAUGGGCUUGGCAUGACAUAUCCAGGAAAUCCAAUGGCAAAUUCUGUUCAUCCUUCUGUUGGAUCUAGUAGUCCAAUGUUUCAGAAUGAGAAGAUUGAACGCUUUAAUUCAAUGUUGAGAAGUUCAAUGGGAGGGUCAGUUAGCUCCUGGCAAUCAGAGAUUGGACAUGACCUAGAAGGGCGACAUGCAUCAUCAUUAUUAGAUGAGUUCAAGAACAAUAAGAAUAAGUCUUUUGAACUUGCAGACAUUGUUGAUCAUGUAGUUGAGUUCAGUACUGAUCAGUAUGGAAGUCGCUUUAUUCAGCAGAAACUUGAAACUGCCACUGUGGAAGAAAAGAUGAAGAUAUUUCCGGAGACUAUUCCUCAUGCUCGUACCUUGAUGACUGAUGUAUUUGGAAAUUAUGUCAUACAGAAGUUUUUUGAGCAUGGUACAGAAAGCCAAAGAAAGGAAUUAAGCGGCCAACUUACUGGCCAUGUUUUGCCUCUCAGUCUUCAAAUGUAUGGUUGCAGGGUGAUUCAGAAGGCCUUGGAAGUGGUUGACGUGGACCAGCAGACUCAAAUGGUGGCAGAGCUUGAUGGUUCAGUCAUGAAAUGUGUCCGUGAUCAGAAUGGGAAUCAUGUCAUUCAGAAGUGUAUAGAAUGUGUCCCUCAAGACCAAAUUCAGUUUAUCAUUACAUCCUUCUAUGGGCAAGUUGUCACACUUUCCAGCCAUCCUUAUGGUUGCCGUGUCAUACAGAGGGUUCUGGAACAUUGCGAUGAUUCAAAUACACAACAAAUUAUCAUGGAUGAAAUCAUGCAAUCUGUAUGCAUUUUGGCACAAGAUCAGUAUGGAAAUUAUGUCAUUCAGCACGUCCUUGAACAUGGUAAACCACAUGAACGGUCAGAAAUUAUCCACAAGCUUGCAGGACAAAUUGUAAAGAUGAGUCAGCAGAAGUUUGCUUCUAAUGUUGUGGAGAAGUGCUUAACAUUUGGGAGUCCUGAGGAGCGUCAGUUUUUGGUGAAUGAGAUGCUGGGUUCCACUGAUGAAAAUGAGCCCUUACAGGCCAUGAUGAAAGAUCCAUUUGGAAACUACGUUGUGCAAAAGGUUCUUGAGACUUGUGAUGAUCAGAGUCUUGAGUUGAUUCUUUCUCGCAUUAAGGUUCAUUUGACUGCCCUGAAGAAGUAUACCUACGGCAAACAUAUCGUUUCUCGUGUUGAGAAACUCAUCACAACUGGAGAAAGGCGCAUAGGGAUGUCAGCCUCGCAUUCUUCUUGA